CCGGUAUACGUGUGCUCUAUGGGUGAAUGAGGAAGUGAGGCUGCCUGCAGACUGUCUGUCCCCAGCUAAUCAAUGUCAAGCGAAGACCAGGAAGCACAGGAGGAUGAAUUACUAGCUCUCGCUAGUAUUUUCCCUAAAGAUGAAUUCCGGAGAGCAGAAACUUCAAACGGAGGGAAAAUCCAAGUGUGCCUCGAGUUACCAUCUAACUUUGAAAUAUCUAUCAAAAGUAACGCUGCAGAAAACAUCUUCAUUGAGGACUUUAAGGACACACUUUCCUACCUACCACCAAUUGUGCUGAGUUUUGAAUUUCCUUCCGAUUACCCAUCAACCUCGCCUCCGAACUUCACACUCAGCUGCAAGUGGCUCACACCCAAGCAGCUUGUUAAACUUUGCCAGCACUUAGAUGAACUCUGGAAGGAGAAUGCAGGAUGUGUUGUCUUGUUUGCUUGGACUCAAUUUCUAAAGGAGGAGACACUUGAAUACUUAAGCAUCCAAUCACCCUAUGAGAUUGAAGUGUGUCCCAAUUUGUCUCAGAAUGGACUUGCCCCUGGGGAAACCGAUCUCUGCAACAAUGCAGAAUCACAAGAGGAUGGGGUCUAUGACAAGAGGGCCAUACAGGAUGCGAAGUCUGUUUCUGCCCUGAUGAAAUACAUCUUGGAAUUCAACGAGUCUCAGCAAAAGAAAUGCUUUGAUGGCAAAUUGUACAUGUGCAAUAUCUGUUUCUCAGAAAAGCUGGGCAGCGAGUGCACAAAUUUUAAACUUUGCAAUCAUGUCUACUGCAACAUUUGCCUCAAAGAUUACUUCGAAAUUCAAAUCAAAGAUGGCCAAGUCCACUCUCUGAACUGUCCAGAACCAGAGUGCUCCUCCACAGCAACACCUGCUCAGGUAAAGGAACUGGUAGAAGAAGAGUUGUUCAGUCGUUAUGACCGUCUCCUCCUGCAGUCCAGCUUGGAUCUCAUGCCAGAUGUUGUGUACUGUCCUCGUCCAAGUUGUCGGGCACCAGUCAUGCAGGAACCAGAGAGCAAUAUGGGUAUUUGCCCCUGUUGCCAUUAUGCCUUCUGCACGCUCUGUAAAAUGACCUACCAUGGAAUCUCCCCAUGUAAGGUAACAGCAGCAAAACUCCUUGAGUUGUGUUUAGAAUAUCAGGAAGCAGAUGAUGCCACAAAGAAGUUUCUGGAGUUGCAGUAUGGGAAGAGAGUGUUGCACAAUGCAUUGGCUGAGAUGGAGAGCAAAGAUUGGCUGGAUAAAAAUUCCAAGUAUUGUCCCCGCUGUGGAACCCCUAUACAGGAAAGUCAUGGCUGCAACAAGAUGGUGUGCACUGGUUGUAAACAUUAUUUCUGCUGGCUAUGUAUGACCAUAUUGACAAAAGAUAGACCGUACACUCAUUUCAAUGAUUCCUCAUCAGGCUGCUUCAGUCGGCUAUUUGAAGGUGUCGAAGGUGAAGAGAACGAAGAAGAAGCAGACUAAGUAGUUCUCUCGAUUGCCGUCUUUCACCCAAGGCCUUAAUCCUCAAAGUACACUGUAGGCCACUAUUCAACUAACGGGAUGGAACAAUGAAACUUUCUGACUUAUAAUGUGUUCUUAUCAAUCAGUGUGUCAUUUGCUCUGAAAAUGACAAUUAUUUCCCUUUACUUUCCUUGAUUUCAUUUUGUGAAACCAUUUUUUGUCUAGUUUGCAUACACUACUUCAGCUGUGUCUUAAAAAUACUGUGGAAAACCUGAAUGGAUACAUAUUGCACAAAAUAAUUAUACGAUAAUGGAAAAGACUGAAAAAGCAGGCAUCUAUUCACCAGAUAUAAUAUUCAUGUUUUCGUGUAAGUUAUGAUACAUGUUUCUUUAAUUUGUUAACAAAUCAAGAGUUCUUUUUCUAACAAUCACUGAUUAUUUUUACUUUAAUGUGGAUUCUAAUGGUUUUUUUUUUGGCACUAUUAUAUGUGGUGUUGGUGUUUUAAAAUGUGUGCAAUAUAUUAUUAUUUUGUGUAAAUGUAGAGACUAUUUCACCUGAUUGCCUUCUUUUCUUAUUUGAUAACCAAAAUGUUUAUUAUCUGCCCUACUUUGUAAUCUGAUUGUCAGUCAUCACUUGUAAGAAGAAGGACGCUAUAAAGUUAAAUUACUUUUUUGCCUUAGGAAGUGAAGCCCAUAAGCUUAAAUAUUCUUUACAUUUACACAAAAAUAACUUGAAAAUACAACUAAUUAGGGAAAACGCAUAGCAUAUUGACAGAGGUUAAAGCAAAAUUGUUGUAAGGGAUUAUACUAAAAAAAAUUUUUAAAUAAAAAAAAACACAAAACCCAAGCCAACUGUAUAGGACACAGUUCCCACUGAUCUAUAAUGUCACAUAGAUGUUCUGAAGCAGAUUGGUUUCAUGACAUUGCAGAGUGUAAUAACAAAUUCAGUCAAUAAUUGAAUACAUUUGUAAUCACAGGAAAACGGAUCCAAGCACUCCAAGGUUUAAUAAAGGCAAUUUGAUUGGACCCAAGUGUCCAGGAACGUUUUGACCUAAAAAGCUUGAAAAAGACCUUGAAAAGGUCGAAACGUUGCUUAACACUUGGGUCCAAUCAAAUUGCCUUUAUUUAACCUUGGAGUGCUUGGAUGCUUUUUUCCUGUGAUCACAAAAUACAUUGAGAAGCUGGCUGCUGACCCCUGGCCCGGAUGCACCCAUGUUGUGCCUGUGGAACAGUGCAGUUCUUGAAUACAUAUCUGAAGGAUGAAUUAAUAUACCUCCCCAAUAUACCAUGUGCCUCUUUAGAAACAUAAUACAAUUCCUCCACACACUAUUGCAAACAGUUAAGGUUAGCUUUCAUAGCAAAUGUUUUAGAAUUACAACGUCCAUGAUGCUUUGCCAUUCUAGAAGCUGGCAGUUUAUCAUGGGAGUUGUUUGUCAAGAUCUGAGGCACCCCUGAUUUAUAGGAGAACAGUUAUUGCACACAAUUCAACUAAUGUAAGAGCAAUCGUCAGACCGUUUCAAAUACUUACUGAGCACAGAUAAUAAGAGAAAGUUGGCUAGCUACCUGCUAGUUAUCUCUUAUCUCCUGGAUUACCUCCUCACUGCUGUUGUGUAUUUAUUCUUUGUUUUGACAAAACCAUUGCAGUUUGUUUGUGCAGUAAAAGAGUAAUAACAUAAAUCUUUGGUUGUUAGAUGUCUAUAUUUGCCUUAAUAGCAAAAGCUGUAUGCAGCCGUAUGAGGAAAUCAAUAUUGGAUCUUUUAUAGUGUAUUACUUGUCCAAACUCGAGUGGCUCUUUCAUGUUGUUACUUUAUACUUCUGGACGUACAGGUUGAUUCAUUUCCUUUAUGUUUGUAGAAUAUACUUAAUAAAAAAAAAACACCAUUUAGAAAGGGAAUGCACUGAUGCUCCUUUCUGUUUAAAAUUUAAAAUUUCAGCAAAAAUCCCCAAUGUUGUAGAACUACAACUCCCAUGAUGCUUUUUAUGCCUUUAGAAUGAUAAAGCAUCAUGGAAGUUGUCGUUUUAAAACAUCUGGGGACCUACCGUUUGAGCACCCCUAAGCUAAAACAACAAGAUCAGUAGGUAACAUCAUCCUAGUAUGCAAUCACUUGCCAUUUUGGCAAACACUAUUGUCAAAGUGAAGCAUAAAAUAUCACUAUGAGACUUUGAACUGAUUUAAAUAGUAUUAAAGACUUAUACUGGUAUCUCUUCACUGCUGAAUCAUCAUAUGGAAAAAAAUAUAUUUAAUAAUGUGUUUAAAUGCGAGAUUUGUUCCUUUGGGAAAGAUUGCUGUACUUUUCAGAAGUUAUAUUUUGUAAUUCAGAAGCAUUUACUGUUUUGCUCAAGUCUUCCCAUACUGAAUGUAUAGAUGGAGCUCAUGCCAGUGAUAUUUUGUGUACCCAGAGAGAUAAAAGGGGAUUGUACUUAGAUCUACAAGAAUAGACCGUCUACUGUCACAUUUGCUGUGGACUACAAUUCCUAUGAUGCAUGCACUGUAGUUUGACUUGAGAUAUAGUCAAAUUAGAAGUGCAGAUUGCCUACCCACAAUCUACAGGAGCCCUGCACAUUUUAUUAGUGUGCUUACAGGGCAGUGUCAGGUUAACUUACUAUCUCAAUGGAACUUGACAAAAACAGAGCAGAACUUUAAAUAAUUAUAUUUAGAGUAUGAUAUGUUUUAGUUCAUACAUCAUCUUAUCUUGAAAAAAAAAUGUUUCAUUUGAAGUUCCUGCUGU